AUGAUCGGAGAGUCUACCAGCAAGAAUCCAAGAAUCAGCCACAUGUCCAUUUCCAACGGAGAUAUCUGCAGCGACUUCGGAAGCAGCCCCGUUUACACCGUCCAAGUCCCUCCAACGCCGGAUAACAAUCCGGGUCCGCUUCAUAUCGUUCUCCAAGACAUGGACUCCAGUUCUUCUUACAAAGACGAAGACCUGGAUCAAACCGAACUGAGAAACAGUAAAGAAGAGGAUGCCUUGCUCUACAAGAUAUCUCAGCCCUUAACCCGUGUCGUCAAAAUCUCUCCGAUCAUCAUCGCUCUGUAUCGGAUUUUAAUAUUUGUCCGAAUCGUAGCUCUCUGUCUGUUUCUCUUUUGGAGAGCCAGAAACCCAAAUGAGAAAGCAAUCUGGUUAUGGGGUCUCUCUGUAAUAUGCGAAAUUUGGUUUGCUUUCUCUUGGUUAAUCGACCAAAUCCCUAGGCUUUAUCCGGUUAACCACGCAACCGAUACCGAAGCCUUGAAGGCGAGAUUCGAAACACAAAACCGGAAUAACCCAACCGGGAAAUCAGAUCUUCCUGGAAUCGAUGUGUUUGUUUCAACUGCUGAUGCAGAGAAGGAGCCUCCAUUGGUUACAGCCAACACAAUCCUUUCGAUAUUAUCCGUUGAUUAUCCUGUUGAGAAGCUUUCUUGCUACCUCUCCGAUGAUGGGGGGUCGCUUCUAACUUUUGAAGCAAUGGCUGAAGCAGCUAGCUUUGCGAAAAUAUGGGUACCUUUUUGCAGGAAACAUAAGAUCGAGCCGAGGAAUCCGGAAAGUUACUUUGGUUUGAAGAAAGAUCCUUACAAGGGUAAGGUGAGGCAUGAUUUUGUUAGAGAGCGAAGGUAUGUGAAACGUGGUUACGAAGAGUUUAAGGUUCGGGUUAACGCCUUGUCUCAUUCGAUUAGAAGGAGAUCAGAUGCAUUUAAUAGCAAAGAAGAGAUCAAAGCUUUGGAGAAAUGGAAGAACUGGAAAGUGAAAGUUGAGGAGGACCAAGUCAAGGAACCAAGGCCUGCUAUAGUAGCUCCUAAAGCUACUUGGAUGAGUGACGGCACGCAUUGGCCUGGCACUUGGACUGUUCCUUGUCAAAACCAUUCGAGAGGUGACCAUGCUAGUAUUAUACAGGUGUUGCUUGAUCCUCCUGAAGAUGAACCGGUUGAUGAGAUAGGUGGGGAGGGGCGUGCGCUGGAUUUUGAAGGAGUAGACAUUCGUUUACCAAUGUUUGUUUACGUUAGCCGAGAGAAACGGCCUGGUUAUGAACAUAACAAGAAGGCAGGAGCUAUGAACGCUUUGGUCCGAGCCUCAGCCAUAAUGUCUAAUGGACCGUUCAUCUUGAACUUAGACUGUGACCACUACGUCUACAACUCCAUAGCCUUUAGAGAUGGGAUCUGUUUCAUGAUGGACCAAGAUGGCGACCGCGUUUGCUAUGUUCAGUUUCCACAGAGGUUCGAAGGUAUAGAUCCCUCCGACCGCUAUGCUAACAAAAACACUGUCUUCUUCGACAUUAACCUGCGGGCUCUCGAUGGGAUUCAAGGUCCAAUGUAUGUCGGGACAGGAUGUUUGUUCCGAAGAACUGCUCUUUACGGUUUCGACCCGCCUCUGGCUCCUGUGGAAACAGAACCGUCUGGUUGCUGCUGUUUCCCGCAGCAAAAGAAACGCAAACCUGCAACCGUAGCUUCUGAACCAGGGAAUGACGUUGAGGGGUUGGAUGGGUUGGAUGUCAAUCUGAUUGGGAAGAAAUUCGGUAGCUCGAAUAUGCUAGUGGAAUCGGUAAAGGUUGCAGAGUUCCAAGGUAAGCCAUUAGCCAUAGAGGGACACUCGAGCAUACGUGGACGUCCUCCUGGCUCCUUGACCUACGGCCGCGAACCACUGUACCCCGCGGCCGUGAGCGAGGCGGUUAACGUGAUCUCAUGCUGGUACGAGGACAAGACUGAGUGGGGAAUCAGCGUGGGGUGGGUCUACGGAUCUGUUACCGAAGACGUGGUGACUGGUUUCAGAAUGCAUGAGAAAGGAUGGAGAUCCUUUUAUUGCGUAACUGAACCUGACGCGUUCCGUGGUUCCGCGCCUAUAAAUUUAACCGAUCGGCUCCAUCAAGUUCUCCGUUGGGCUACAGGAUCAGUCGAGAUCUUCUUCUCCCGAAACAACGCCAUUUUAGCUGGUCGGAAACUCAAGUUCCUCCAGAGAAUCUCUUACCUCAACGUCGGAAUCUACCCUUUCACCAGCAUCUUCAUUUUAACAUACUGCUUCCUCCCUCCAUUGUCUCUCUUCUCGGGCCAGUUCGUGGUUGAUAGCCUUGAGCCAGCGUUCCUUGUGUACCUUCUUACCAUCUCAUUGUCUCUGUGUGGGUUAGCUGUUCUUGAAGUCAAGUGGUCAGGGAUCUCUUUAGAAGAAUGGUGGAGAAACGAGCAGUUCUGGUUAAUAGGUGGCACCAGCGCUCAUUUAGUCGCUGUUCUUCAAGGUAUCCUCAAAGUCAUAGCUGGAAUCGAAAUCUCAUUCACGUUGACUUCUAAGUCUUCAGGAGAUGAUGAAGACGACGAGUUCGCUGAUCUUUAUCUGUUUAAAUGGACGUCUUUGAUGAUUCUUCCGUUAACGAUCAUAAUCUUGAACAUCGUGGCGAUUCUUUUCGCCUUUUGUCGGACCGUUUUCAGUGAUAAUCCACAGUGGAGCAAUCUAGUUGGUGGGACAUUCUUCGCCGUUUGGGUUUUGGUUCAUAUGUAUCCGUUUGCCAAAGGAUUGAUGGGAAGAAGAGGAAGAACUCCGACAAUUGUUUAUGUUUGGUCGGGACUUAUCGCUAUUUGCAUCUCUCUUCUCUACGUCACCAUUAAGAACUCGGAGCUUAAUGGAGGAUCAUUUCAGUUGACUUAA